UCUCCUGGUUUUGGCUUAUCAUUAGUGGCAGAAACAACAGAAGGAUACUUCCUAAGUGCUGAACUUGCAUCGAACCCUCAGGGGCAGGGUUCUGCUGUGCUACCUGAAGAUCUGGGGAAGAGCUGUGCUAAGCUUCUCUUGGAAGAAGUAUACAGAGGAGGAUGUGUGGAUUCAGUGAAUCAGAGCUUGGUGUUGCUGCUUAUGACCCUGGGACAGCAGGAUGUUUCCAAAGUCUUGCUUGGACCUUUGUCUCCUUAUACGUAAG